AUGCCCUCCACUUGGGAUGUGGCGCGGCAGUCGUGCAUUUCACUGCACAAAGACUGGGAGUACAAGCUGUGGACUGAAAAGCCGUCACGAGACUUCAUACAGAAAGAAUAUCCAUGGUUUUUGAGGACGUAUGACGGCUUCACCUUCCCGGUGCAGCGAGUCGAUGCGUUGAGAUACUUCCUGAUGCGACAUUACGGUGGAAUUUACAUCGACCUUGACAAUGCAUGCCGGACCAAUUUGGAGCCGCUUCUGUAUUACCCAGCAUGGCUUAUGGACAGGGGCCAUGGCGCUUUGAGCAAUAACGCCCUGGGGUCGCUGCCGAAUCAUCCAUUUUGGAAAUAUGUAACUGAGUCGCUACUCCAAUACUCGCGGAACUACCCCCUCCCAUACCUGGCAGCAAGUUUUGCGCCGGGCAAAUGGUUUCUAAUAGAUGCGUGGCAGCGAUACCACGCCGGACUGUCCAAGGAAGACGACCGGCUCACUCGUGUCAUGAUGGACUCGCGACCAGGAUCAGCACCAUGGAUCUUCUUCACAUAUGCGGAGGGAGGUUCGCAGUCUAAUAAGAACCACGGGUUGUUUUUACCGAGAGUAUCGAAUUUGUUUACUUUUAUGUGCUGCUCGGUUGCCGUUCUCGCCGCCGCCGCCGUUGUUGUUAUUGCCGUUGGUCCCGGUGAUUGGCGGCUGUCGAAAACAUACUGGACGAGACAGAGGUGUCGACACCGGCAUUUUGAUGAAAUCGCAUUAUGUGCAGGCCUACGUGGGCAGCAGUACACUGUUGUGUCGAUUUGGUGGAAGGCACACGCUGCGCCUACUUCGGCGCCUAGAUGA